AUGAAGAAGGAGAAGGACGUGCUCGUCAACUACGUCACCUGCGGCCCCGACGGCAAGGUGCGCCGGCUCGUCGAGGAGGGCGUCAUCCGACCCGACGUCGACCGCGUGUUCGACGACCUCGCCCAGCUGCCCGAGGCCCACGCGCUGCUCGAGCGCGGCGAGGCCCGCGGCAAGGUCGUCAUCAAGGUCCAGGACCCGCUCACCGCCGCCGCGGCCGCCCACUGA